AUGGCACCUUCUCCGGCAGCAGGCAAGGCCACUGGUGGCGCUCCCAAGACACCCACCAAGUUGGGUAGAAAGCCCCAGAGCCAAACUAGCCAGCCCCCCAAACUCGGACAGCAAGCAGCUUCCGGCGCAAGAAAAGCAUCCGACCCCGAGGGUGCUAAGCAGCCAGAAGUUCCUCAGACUUCCGAGAAGCCCGAGGUCGGUGAUGUGCAACAAAAAGCCGGCGAGGCCGCGCAAGGUGCACAGGACAAAGCUGGCAAGACUGCUGAAGACGCCAAGAGCAAGGCCGAGGGCGCUGCUGAAGAGCCCAGCAAGGUCGAGAUGAAGGACGACACUGAAGCCGCAUCCACCCAGGCUGGUGAUGAUGAGGACGAUGACGAAGACGAAGGCCCCCUGAGCAAGGUCUCCCAGGCUGGAGACAACGCCAAGGGCCAGCUCGAGGAGCAAGCUCCUCAACCAAUUGACGACUCUAACGACAACGACACUGCUGCCGGUGCACAGGACACCGCUGAUGACGACACUGAAGACACCGAAGACACUGCCGACGAUGACAAGACCGUCAAGGCUGGUGAUGAAGCUGAUGAUAACGACGACACGGUUGACGACGCUCAAGACACCACCGGCAAGGUGGCUGACGACGCUCAAAAGACUGGCAAGCAAUCCGGCGGUAACCUUCUCAAGGGUGCCAAGGGUCUCGCCGGCAAGGCCUCUGGUCUCGCAGGCAAGGCUGCUCAGGACCCCAAGAAGGCUGCUCAAGAUGUUCCCAAGGACGCUCAGGAGACCGCAGAAGACGUCAAGGACACUGCCGAAGACACCGCUGAGGAUGCCGCCGAGGGUGCCCAAGACACUGCCGACGACGCUCAGAAGGUUGCAGGCGAUGCUACCGACGAGGCCGCCGAUGCUGCUGAAGACGCCAAGGACACUGCCGAAGACACCGCUGAAGACGUCAAGGACUCUGCUGAAGAGACUGCCGAAGACGCCAAGGACACCGUCGAGGACGCCGCCGGUGAUGCCACUGACAAGGUUGGCGAUGCCGCCGAGGAUGCCCAAGACACUGCUGAGGAUGCUACUGAGCAGGUCAAGGACACUGCCGAAGAUGCCACUGAGGAUGCUCAAGACACCGCGGAAGACGCUACCGAGCAGGUCAAGGAUACUGCUGAGGAUGGCGCUGAGCAGGCCAAGGGCACCGCAGAAGACGCAACCGACAAGGCCGGUGAGACCGCCGAGGACGCCCAGGACACUGCCGAAGAUGCCAAAGACAGUGCCGAGGACGCCGCCGAUGGCGAAGUCCCCGAAAUCAAGGACAUCAACGACCUUCCUGUCGACCUCUCUGUGCUCAAGGGCCUCGAGGUCUCAGAGGACGGUAUGGUCUCCGACCAAGACGGCAACCCUAUCGGUAAGCUGGCUGAGGGUGACGCUGAAGACCUCGCUGGAUACCCAAUUGGCGACGAUGGCGAGAUCCUUGAUGAUGAUGGUGAUCUCGUUGGACGUGUCGAGCUUCUUCCUGAGCAGGUUAAGAAGCAGAUGGGUGACCUGAAGAGCAAGGGCGAACUGCCCAAGGGCGCCGAGAACUUCGUUGGCGACCUCCCCGACACCGAUGAUGCUGAGAAGCCCAACCUUGCCAUCUUCAAGGGUUUGACCUGCGACCCCACCGGUAACAUCUUCAACGACGAUGGCGAUACCAUUGGUCAGGUCACCGACGGUAACCCCGAAGACCUGAUGAACGCUACCUUGAACGAGUACGGCGAGUUCAUCGACGAGGAUGGCAAUGUCAUUGGCCACGCCGAUGUUCACCCCGAUGCUCCCGAGGACAUCUACGACCAGAUCCAGCAAGCUGCUGAUGAUGCUCAGGACGCUGCCGACGAUGCCCAAGACAACGCCGAUGACACUGCCAAGGCCGCUGACAAGGUCGACGAAGCUGCCGACCACGUCGAUGACGCCGCUGAUGAUGUCAAGGAUGCCGCUCAAGACAUUGAGGAUGAGCUUCCCGGUAUCGAGGCUCUCCAAGGCAGAGAGCUCAACGAUGCUGGUGAGGUCGUCGACGACCAAGGCGAGCUCCUUGGCCAGAUCGACAACGAGUCUCUCAGAGGCAAGAUCGAGUCUGGUGAGCUCAAGGCUGAGGAUCUCAAGAUCAACGAGGAUGGUGAGGUCGUCGAUGCCGAUGACAACGUCCUUGGCAAGGUCGGUCUCGCUGAGGGUGCCGCCGAGAAGCUUGGUGGACGUCUUCCUCCCCUUGACCUCCGCAUUCUUGAUGGCAGAAAGGUCAACAAGAAGGGCAAGAUCCUCGACGACGAAGGUGAUGAGAUCGGUGAGCUCGCUGAGGGUGACCCCAAGGAGUGCGCCGGCAAGAAGGUCAACGACCGCGGUGAGGUUCUCGACCAGAACGGCAAGGUCAUUGGCAAGGUCUCCGUCACCCCUGGCGAGGCUGCCGAGAAUGCCACAAAGGAGCUCCAAGCUGAGCUCGGCGAGAACGUUCCCGAUGAGGAGCAGGGUGAGGACGAGGAGCCAGCCGAUGAGGAGGAAGAGGCUCAAGGCCCCCAGUUCAAGAUCCCCGACCUCGAUGUUCUCGAGGGCCUGAAGGUCAACAAGAAGGGCAAGAUCCUCAACGAAGACGGUGAGGAGAUUGGCGAGCUUACUUCCGGCGAUCUCAGCGAGUGCGCUGGCAAGAAGGUCAACGACAAGGGUGAAGUUCUUGAUGACGAAGGCAACACCAUUGGCCGUGUCAAGGCUCUGCCCCAAGAAAUUCCUCAGGAGGAGGUCGAGCAAGCUGAAGAAGCUGCCGACAAGGCCGAGGACGCUCAAGAUGCCGCAGAAGAUGCGGCUGAGGGUGCUGAAAACGCCGAAGAAGGCGCCGAGGAUGCUCAGGAGGGUGCUGAGGAUGCCGAGGAGGGUGCUGAGGAUGCCGCCGAAGACGCCGAGUCCAACCUGCCUCCUCUUUCCGUCCUCGAUGGUCUGACUGUCAACAAGGCCGGCAAGAUCGUCGACUCCAACGGCACCGUCGUCGGUGAACUUACUGAAGGUGACGCCAAGAAGCUUUCCAAGUCUGGAGUCAAGGCCGACGACCAAGGUCAGUUCUGGGACGACAAGGGUCAUGUCAUUGGUCGUGCCAAGACUGUUCCCGUCGAGGAGGACGAGGAGUCACCUUUCGCUGGCCUCGAAGGCCUGAUCGUCGUCAAGGAUGGUUGGGUCGAGGACGAGAACGGCAACCGCGUUGGUCAGAUCACCGAGGGUGAUGCCAAGAAGCUGGUUGGUCGUGCCGUCGAUGAGGAUGGCGACAUUCUCGACAAGAAGGGUUCCGUUGUCGGUCACGCCGAGCGCUACGAAGACCCCGAGCAGGAGCCUGAGCCUGAAGAGGAAGCCGUCGACCUUUCCAGCCUCGCUGGCAAGACCCUGAACAAGGCUGGCUUCGUCAUUGGCGACGAGGGUGUUCCUGUCGCUCGUCUUGUCGAGGGCAAGGCCAAGGAACUCGCUGGCAAGAAGCUUGAUGACCAGGGUCAAAUCUGGAACGACCAAGGCAAGGUUAUUGGCCGUGUCGAGUUGAUUCCCGAGGAAGACCGUGAGGCCAAGCCCGAUGGUCCUUUCGCUGGCCUCCAAGGUCUCCGCGUUGUUGCCGAUGGCAAGGUCGCUGACGAGGACGAGAACAUCGUUGGUGAGAUUGUCGAGGGUAACUCCAAGCGUCUGAUUGGUCUUGCUGUCGACGAAGACGGCGAUGUCAUGGACAGAUAUGGCAACGUCAAGGGCCACGCCGAACCUCUCGAAGAAGAGGAAGAGGAGGGCCCCGUCGACAACUCUCUGCUCGAUGGCAAGAAGCUCAACAAGAGCGGCUUCGUUGUUGAUGACAAGGGCAUCCCCGUUGGUAAGCUCAUCGACGGCAAUGUCAAGGAGCUCGCUGGUCGCCUUUGCGACGAGAACGGCGACAUUCACAACGACACUGGCAAGGUUGUUGGCCACUGCGAAGUUCUCCCUGAGAACGAGCGUGUCGCUAAGGCCGAAGGACCAUUCGCUGGUCGUGAAGGUCUUCGUGUCAACAAGGAAGGUUUCGUUGUUGAUGCCGAGGACAACGUCGUUGGCAAGGUCACUGAGGGCGAUGUGAAGAAGCUUGUUGGCCUCUCCGUCGACGAGGAUGGCGACAUCAACGACAAGUACGGCAAUGCCAAGGGCCACGCUGAGCCUUACGAGGAGGAGGACGCCGCUCCCGUCGACAACUCUAUCCUUGAUGGCAAGAAGCUGAACAAGCAAGGAUUCGUCGUGAACGAGGACGGAAUUCCUCUUGGUAAGCUCGUCGAGGGUAACGUCAAGGAGCUUGCUGGUCGCCGCUGCGACGAACAAGGUCAGAUCCACGGCGAUACUGGCAAGGUUGUUGGUCGUUGCGAGGUUCUUCCUGAGAACGAGCGCGUUGCCAGACCCGAGGGUCCUUUCGCUGGACUCGAGGGCCUCCACGUCAACAAGGAGGGUUACGUCGAGAACGCCGAGGGUGACCGUGUCGGUAUCAUCACCGAAGGCAACGUCAAGCGCCUUGUAGGCCUCGCUGUUGAUGAGGAUGGUGAUAUCAGCGACAAGUACGGAAACACCAAGGGUCACGCUGAGCCUUGGGAGGAAGAGGAGCAGACUGCUGAAGACCUCUCCGCUCUUGCUGGCUGCACUGUCAACAAGGCCGGCAACGUCGUCGACUCUUCCGGUACCAUCAUCGGUCGUGUCUCCGAAGGUGACCCGUCUACCAUGGUCGGCAAGAAGGUUGAUGGCCAGGGUCAGAUCUGGGACAAUGCCGGAAACGUCAUUGGCAAGGCUGAGCUCGCAAAGGGCGCCGACACCAAGUCCGAAGGACCUUUCGCUGGCUUCGACGGUAUCACCGUUAACAAGGAGGGUUACGUUGUCACCCCUGAUGGCGGUAUCGUCGGUCGCAUCACCGAAGGUGAUGUCAAGAAGCUUGUUGCUCACAAGGUCGACGAGGACGGUGAGAUCCAAGACAAGAACGGCAACCUUAUUGGUAAGGCCGAGAGAUGGGAGCCUGAAGAGAAGGAGAGAAAGGUCAACCCCAUGUCCGGUCGUCGUGUCAACAAGGAGGGUGAAGUCCGUGACGAGAACGGAGAUGUCAUGGGCAGACUCACCACCGGUGACCUCGGCCACUGUGUCGGCCUCGAGGUCGAUGACAAUGGAUACGUUGUCGACAACGACGGCAACAAGGUUGGUGAGGUUACUCUCAUUGAGAACAUCAUCGAAGAUGAGGAGAUCCCUGAAGAGGAGCUCACCGAGGAGGAGAAGGAGGAGCGCCGCAAGAAGGAGCAAGACCGCGAGAUUGCUGAGAAGAUGGGCGCCAUCUGCACUCAGACUCUCGAGAGAGUUCAGCCCAUCUGCAAGCAGAUCACUGAUCACAUCGAAGCCGCCGACCGUACCCCACGUGAAGAGUUGGACGAGGAAGAUUUGGUCAACAAAGUGCAACCUCUUAUCGAAGAGGCUGGUCGUAUUUUGCAAGAGUGCAACGGCUCCCUGCGUGGCCUCGACCCCGACGGUCGCAUCGCUGCUCAAGCCAAGGGUCGUGCCGGCACCAAGGAGGCCACUCCCGAGGAGUACCGCCUUGCCGAUACUCUCAAGGAGUUGACCACCACCGUCACUACCACCAUCGACAACGCAAAGAAGCGCAUCAACGACAUGCCUCACGCCAAGAAGAAGCUCAACCCUCUCUGGGGAUUGAUGACCCAGCCUCUGUUCCAGAUUCUUGCUGCCGUCGGUCUCUUGCUGACUGGUGUCUUGGGUCUGGUUGGACAGUUGCUCAACGGUCUCGGACUGGGUGGUCUUGUCAACGGACUGCUCGGUGGCCUAGGUAUCGACAAGCUGCUCGGUGGCCUUGGUCUCGGCAGUGUUGCCAGCUCUCUCGGUCUGGGCGGCAAGGACAAGAAGAAGAAGAGCGGCGGUGGUGCCAGCAGCCUGCCCAUCGUUGGCGGCAUGUUCGGCAAGAAGUAG